GUGUCCCAGCCUCCAUUCUGCAAUCAGGCAACGUAACCUGCCGGAACAGCAAACAGGAAAGAAGACGAAGAAAAAAACACGCAUCUUCCUCCCUUGCCCUUUUACUUACCAUCAAACACCAGACGUCGAUCGUCAUCCAUCAGCAUACCCACUCUAGAGACUUUCCGGACGGGCAUCUGAACUUUUGGAACCAUUAUCCCAUUGUCGGCCGGCUAACUACCCAACUCUACGAUCAAUCAGGCCAGCCAAGCGUCCGCUGCAUCGUGCCCAUACAUCCGUCCGUUUUAUUGCGGCGCACCAUCCCACAAGUAUCACCGUCAACCUGAGCUACCAACGGCUUGUUUCUCGCCCUUAGAUUUGGUCAAAGUCGGGAUCGAAUCUCCUCCGUCAACCUCGGCCGACUCAUACCCAUCUCCAUAUUCGAAGACCGCGUCGGCGCAUUCCCGACUACACCAUCAUCAUGUCUAUCGCAGACGAGUUCAGGACCCGCAACUUCAGCAUCUAUGGCCAAUGGCUCGGCAUUCUGGCCAUGAUUCUGUGCCUCGCACUGGGUAUCGCCAACAUCUUCACUUUUCGCCCGAUUAUCAUCGUCUUCUGUGCCCUUGCCAUCGCAUCGGCUUUCAUCAUCCUCUUCACGGAGGUCCCCCUUCUCCUCCGCAUCUGCCCGACCUCACCAAAGUUCGACUCGUUCAUCCGUAAGAUUUCGACCAACUACCUCCGUGCCGCUGUAUACAUCAUCAUGGCCGUUGUUCAGUUCCUCAGCGUCCUCGACGUGAGAACCUCGCUCAUCGCUGCCGGUGUCUUCCUCUCCCUGGCCGGUCUCUGCUACCUUUUUGCCGCCAUCCGGGGCCAGGAGUUUGUCAAUUCCAAGACUCUCGGUGGUCAGGGCGUCGCCCAGAUGGUCGUCUAAACGACGUCCCCGUUGCCACACACCAAUGCGCCUUGCUGGAACCCCACCAGCUGCAGGCGUUUCUUACUUGUCUGGGGAGAAGAAUAAUUUGCCUUGACCAUUGACGCUAGGACGGCAGAAGGAAAGAAGUGGUAACUGCGACUAUGGGGGGAAGAAAACCUUGAAGAGAGAUGACCAUUCCACGCGGCGGGAUGGAAAAGCAAUGAGGCAAAGGGGGCGGCUUGACAGCCAGACGCUUGCUGCGUCUCUAGUUGUUAGUGUAUGAGAAGAAGGCCAGAGGCCAAGACAGAGGGUGACAGAAAAAGGGAG